AUGGUAUCAAUAAUAGAUGCACAGCGCGAGAUCAUACUCGGGACGCUCAAACAUGUGAUACAAGGAGACUGGAAAGUCCUGGUUCUGGACUCAGAGUCAAAGCGCCUGAUCGACAAUGUGAUUGAUCAGGAUGAGGUAUUGAACCUCAACAUUACCUACAUUGAACAGAUCACGGACCGCCGCCAAGCGAAUAGAGACAUCGAUGCCAUUUACUUCCUGACACCGCAGCCAUACAUCGUGGACUGCGUCAUGGCGGAUCUGGAGAAGAGAAAGUACAGAAAGGCGCACUUGGUUUGGACCAGCUUACUGCACCCUGCUCUACGAGAACGGAUAGACAAGUCGCACAAGUCACGCGAGCAGAUUGCGCUGUUCCGAGUGCUCAACGCAGAAUUCUAUCCCCGAGAGUCGCAUCUAGUCACCUUUCGUGACCCGUGGAGCUUCCCUAUUCUUUUUCACCCAGGUUGCAACAAUCUGGUCAGGCAGCAUAUGGAAGAUAUUGCUCAGAAAAUCGUUGGCGUCUGUGUGGCGCUAGGCGAAUAUCCAAGCAUUCGCUACUACCGCCCACGACGAUCGAAUCACGAAGCAAGCGUACUGUGCUCGCACCUUGCAAGAUUCGUACAAGAUGAGCUUGACCUGUACGCUAAGUUCCACGAGGACUUUCCGCCACCGACGAAGCGACCAAGGGGUACUUUGUACAUUACCGACCGCUCGAUGGACCUAUUCGCACCCCUUCUGCACGAAUUCACAUACCAGGCAAUGGCGCAUGAUCUCUUACCCAUCAAAGAAGGCGAUAAGAUCACCUACCGGACUACCAUCAACGAAGGCCAGCGUGACCAGCAGGAAAAGGAUAUCGAAAUCACCGAAAAGGACAAGAUAUGGACUGACAACCGCCAUCGCCAUAUGAAAGACACCAUUGACGUCUUGAUGGCGGACUUUCAGCGCUUUAUCAAAGACAAUCCAAACUUUACCAAGGAAGCCGACGGUGGCGCGAAUAGUCUGAACGCCAUCAAGGACAUGCUUGCAGGUCUGCCGCAGUUCCAGAACAUGAAGGAGGCAUAUGCGCUCCACCUAGGCAUGGCGCAGGAGAGCAUGAAUCGAUUCCAACGUUGGAAGCUGGCAGAGCUAGGCAAUAUAGAACAAACACUUGCCACAGGCCUAGAUGAGGACUACAAGAAACCGAAAGGCGUGGCAGACCAAGUGGUCAGGAUGCUUGACGAGGAUGAUGUCCAACCCGAAGACCGACUGCGGUUGUUGCUGCUGUACAUGCUGCACCGGGACGGCAUCUUACGAGCGGACCUUGAACGGCUAGAAGCACAUGCCAACCUCGCUCCUAGUGACGACGCUCCGAUACAGAACCUGACUCUAUUAGGAGCGAGGAUCGAACGUGGACUGAAAGACAAGCGACCACCCCCAGACUCGCUGUUUCCCCGAAAGCCUCCCCCUCCGGUCAACGCGCAAGAGGGGUAUGCACUUUCGCGCUUCGAGCCUGCAAUGCAGUUGCUUCUUGAAGCGCAUGCAAACAAUGCCGUAGACGCACAGGCUUUUCCGUACACCAAACCUCCUCUUGAUCUUGACGAAGCGGCUCAAGUCUCUGCCACCUCCCUUCGGACGGCGAACCCGAGCUGGGCCAAUCGACGUGCAGGAAACGUGGGAUCAGAGAACAGACAGCGCGUAAUCGUGUUCGUAGCAGGUGGUGCUACCUAUUCCGAAUCGCGGGCUUGCUACGACAUUGGCCGAGUUACUUCGCGCAACAUCUUCCUCGUGACAUCGCACAUGCUUACGCCGAAGCUUUUCCUACAGCAACUUGCUGACCUUUCAGCCGACAAGCGUAAGCUGAACAUACCUGCAGAAAUGCCGAAGCUGCAAGCACCUGCGCACCUUUUCGAGCCAGAUCCGCAGCCAAAGCCUCCUCAGCAACCACAACCAUCUCAGCAGCAGAGAGCACCCACUGUAGCACCCCCAACGCAGCAGAUAGCGAGUGUGAACCUCAACGGGCGAUCCAACGGUACACCGGACGCCGCAGGAGCAGCGCCUACUGCGCCAGUUCAAGCGAAUAGUUCUGCGAAGUUGACAAAGGAGAAGAAGAAGCAUCACUUCGGCUUUGGCAAAAGGAAGGAUUGA